AAAACGCUCUCCCUUGCUCUACCCCCACCAGCACCGCAAUACGCAGCCGGUGUGGGGGCCGAAACCGAAAGAGCCGCAGAGCGCCCAGCAGCUCUGCUCCCCCCUGCACUCCUGUGGGCAACGAGGCAGGAGGCCCAUCCGCCAGGCCAGGCAGAGGAGAGCAGUGGGAGCAGCAUGUUCUACGCGGUGCGCAGAGGCAGGAGGAUCGGAGUCUAUCAGACCUGGGAGGAGUGCCGAGAGCAGGUGAACAGGUACCCGGCCGCCAGCUUCAAGAAAUUUGCCAGCGAGGCAGAUGCUUGGUCCUUCGUGGGCAGCGAGGCACUGCAGUCCUCAUCCCCUUCAGCAGGUACUAAUGGCAUAUCUAGUUUCUCACAAAAGAGUGACAGCUACCGGAAUGAACUGGAGACAGCAAGCCCAAGUUACAGUACAUGCAAGAGACCAUAUGAGCAGUCUUUGGAGGAAGAAUCAAACAGAAAACAUGUAAAAUACGAGACAUACUCGGAACCUUCAGUGAGCAAAGAUAAAUUCUCAUAUAUGGGUGACUCUGUAGUUGUUUAUACAGAUGGCUGCUGCUCAAGUAAUGGGCGUCGUAAGGCACGUGCUGGAGUAGGAAUCUAUUGGGGACCAGACCACCCUUUAAAUACUAGUGAUAGGCUUUCUGGACGGCAGACCAACCAAAGAGCUGAAAUACAUGCAGCCUGCAGAGCAAUAGAGCAAGCAAAGAGUCAAAACAUCAAGAAACUGGUUCUUUACACUGAUAGCAAGUUCACUAUAAAUGGUAUAACAAGUUGGGUAGACAACUGGAAAAAUAAUGGCUGGAGAACAAGCACAGGAAAAGAUGUAAUAAAUAAAGAAGACUUUGAAAGACUUGAUAAGCUUUCAGAGGGAAUGGAAAUUCAGUGGAUGCAUGUUCCUGGUCAUGCUGGUUUUACAGGAAAUGAAGCAGCUGAUAGACUUGCAAGAGAAGGAGCUGGAAAACAAAACUCCUAGCAUGCUAUCGUGACUAGAAAACUUCAUUCUUGCUAACUAAAGACUGUUUAAUCCAUAAGACAGACUCUUUUCAGUAUGAAAACUUCCUGUUGGAAUUGUACAAAAUAAAUUAAUUUAAACUUUGUUAUAACUAUUUCUGGUUUAAAAGUUUUAAAUAUAUGCUGUCCUGUAUAAACACACCUACUUUUUUAGGGUGUUCAGGUUACUUGGUUAAUCACUGCUUUGUUGGUAGAGGCUUGUUUAACAAUUAACUGAACAUUCAAAUUUUGGUAAAAGAAAGGUGUCCAGUGUUUUUAGUCCCAGUUUCCACAGUGCCUGUUAAGAAAUUCUUUUAGACGUUCCAUAACUGAGAUAAAACUUUGGGUUUUACAAAGUAUAAUAGUUUCAAAAAGUUUAUGAAGGAAAAUGUUGCAAUCUGAAUGCUAGACAGAUGUUUUCCCUUUACCAAGAGUAUUGAAAUAAAUUUAAACUUGAGAAGUUUGAUGUUAGUAUGUUUAUACGCACAUAGUGUAGAAAAUACCAAAGUGCAAUGGUAAUUAUUUGAACUGCAUAAUCCUAUAUAAAACAACUUCCCCAACUGCA